AUGCACUUCAAGGAAAAGCUCAUGGUCAGCAGCGUUAGGUGCGGGGACAGCCCCCGCAGCGUGGAGCUCCUUGUGGCUGCAGUGCGGGAGCUGCUGCAGGCCACGUUCGAGGACCUGAACCAGGAGCAGCUGAAGCGCUUCCGCCACAAGCUGCGGGAUGCGACCCUGGACGGCCGCAACAUCCCGUGGGGGCGGCUGGAUGGCUUGGACGCCAUGGACCUCGCAGCCCAGCUGACCCACUUCUACGGGCCGGAGCCUGCACUGGACGUGACCAGAAAGACCCUGAAGAGGGCGGACAUGCUGGACGUGGCCGCGCGACUCAAGGAGCAGCAGCUGCAGCGGCUCGGCCCCAGCUCCUCCACACUGCGCUCCGUGUCGGAGUACAAGAAGAAGUACCGGGACCACGUCCUGCAGCAGCACGCCAAGGUCAAGGAGAGGAAUGCACGCUCGGUCAAGAUCAACAAGCGCUUCACCAAGCUGCUGAUCGCACGCGAGGGCGCUGCGCUGCCCGACGAGGCCCCAGGGUGCGCGGAGGAGCUGGAGCCCAAGCCCCAGUGUGCACGGCGCUCCGACACCCACACCUUCAACCGCCUGUUCGGCCGUGACGAGGAAGGCCAGCGGCCCCUGACGGUCGUGCUGCAGGGCCCGGCGGGCAUCGGCAAAACCAUGGCGGCCAAGAAGAUCCUGUACGACUGGGCGGCCGGCAAGCUGUACCACGGACAGGUGGACUUCGCCUUCUUCCUGCCCUGCCGCGAGCUGCUCGAGCGCCCGGGCACCUGCAGCCUGGCUGACCUGGUCCUGGACCAGUGCCCCCAGCGCAGCGCGCCCCUGAAGCCCAUGCUGGCACGGCCGGAGCGGCUGCUCUUCAUCCUGGACGGCGCGGACGAGCUGCCCCCGCUGGCGCCCCACGCGGCGCCCUGCACCGACCCCUCCCAGGUGGCUGACGCCGCGCGGGUGCUGGGCGGCCUGCUGGGCAAGACGCUGCUGCCCACCGCCCGCCUGCUGGUGACUGCACGCGCCACGGCGCCCGGGAGGCUCCUGGACCGCCUGUGCUCUCCGCAGUGCGCCGAGGUGUGCGGCUUCUCCGACAAGGACAAGAAGAAGUACUUCCACAAGUUUUUCCGGGACGAGAGGCUGGCGGAGCGUGCCUACCGCUUCGUGAAGGAAAACGAGACGCUCUUUGCGCUGUGCUUCGUGCCCUUCGUGUGCUGGAUCGUGUGCACCGUCCUGCGCCAGCAGCUCGAGCUCGGCCAGGACCUGUCGCGCACCUCCAAGACCACCACGUCCGUGUACCUGCUGUUCAUCAUCAGCGUGCUGAGCUCCGCACCUGCCGCCGAUGCUCCCCGGAUGCGGGCCGAGCUGCGCAAGCUGUGCCGCCUGGCCCGCGAAGGCACCCUCGGGCACCGGGCCCAGUUCGCAGAGAAGGACCUGGAACGACUGGAACUUCGCGGCUCUAAAGUCCAGACACUGUUUCUCAGCAAGAAGGAGCUGCCAGGGGUACUGCAGACGGACGUCACCUACCAGUUCAUGGACCAGAGCUUCCAGGAGUUUUUCUCGGCGCUGUCCUACCUGCUGGAGGAGGAGCGGGAUCUCCAGGCACUUCUGUGGGGCGAAAGCCACCUCACGCUCACCACGCGCUUCCUCUUCGGGCUGCUGAACCCAGAUCGCGUGUCCGACAUGCAGCGCCACUUCGGCGUGGUGGUUCCGGAGCACGUGAAGCGGGAUGUCCUGCUGUGGAUGCAGGAACAGGGCCAGGGCCGCCCUAGGGCGGCACCUGAGAAGACGGCAGGGACGGAGGCCGUGGAGGACGCCGAGGAGCCCGAAGAGGAGGAGUGUGAGCCCAACUACCCGCUGGAGGUGCUGUACUGCCUGUACGAGACGCAGGAGGAUGCCUUCGUGCGCCAGGCCCUGCGCUGCCUGCCGGAGCUGGAGCUGGAGAGGGUGCGCCUCAGCCGCAUGGACCUGGUCAUCCUGAGCUACUGCGUCAGGUGCUGCCCGCCCGGGCAGGCCCUGCGACUGGUUAGCUGUGGGCUGGCCCCCGCACAGAAGAAAAAGAAGAAGAGCCUGAUGAAGCGACUGCACAGCAGCCUGGGCGGCAGCUCUUCACAAGCCAGCAAGAGAAAACCCCAGCCCUCUCCACUACGUCCACUCUUCGAGGCCAUGACUGACGAACACUGUGGUCUGAACAGCCUGACGCUGUGCCGCUGCAAGCUGCCUGACUCUGUGUGCCGCGACCUGUCUGAGGCCCUGAGGGAGGCCCCGGCCCUCACAGAGCUGGGCCUUCUCCACAACCAGCUCAGCGAGGCGGGCCUGCGCAUGCUCCUCGAGGGCCUGGCCUGGCCCCAGUGCCACGUGCAGAAGCUCCGGGUGCAGCAGCCCAGCCUCCAGGAAGCGCCUCAGUACAUCAUCAGCAUCCUCAGACAGAGCGUGGCGUUGUCCACCCUGGAUCUCGGCGACUGCCAGCUGCCGGGGCCCGUGGUCACCUCCCUGUGUGCGGCCCUGCAGCACCCAGGAUGCCGCCUGCAAACCCUCAGUCUGACCUCCGUGGAGCUGAGCAAGGAGUCACUGAAGGAGCUGCAGGCAGUGAAGACAGCAAAGCCGGGUCUGGUCAUCAUCCACCCAGCCCUGGACAGUCACCCCAAGCCUUCCAAGGGACUCAGCGGUGCACUCUGA